UAAAGAUAUCCACCACUUGAUCCCCACCGUGGGACCAAGGUCAAAAUUCAGGGAAAAACUCAAGUCGUUAAAGGGUGUGCUGGAAUUUGAACAUUUAUUUAUUUUUAUGGUUUGCAACUAUUUUCUUUCGUCACUAAAAGGAACAAAAAACAGAAAAUCCCGAAGUCGUUGAUUCAUCUGCUCAAGUAAGUUGAAUAAAGUUUCAAUCACGAAGGUACCAUAAGGCAUUUAUUACAAUAGUACAGAUCAUAUUGUCAAAGUCCGCUCCAACCUUUACAUGGCCACUAGUAUUGAUUUAAGACACACAUGUUCAUGUUCACCCUCAGGCUUGUGCGUCCACCAGUGACAAAAGUAAGAAAGGUGAGAUAAACGUUCUCUUAUUGAUCACGUGCAUUGUUCAUUUAACCCUCCUAUUACCUUUGGGGUCAAUUUGACCCCAUUCGAUGUUUAACGUCUCUAAAAAAUGAUUGACAUAAUUUUGUUUGCUUCAUAUUUCAUGACUUUUCCUAAUUUAUUGGGGACAACUGGGAAAACAUCAAAUUCACAUGAUGAUAUGUUUUCAAUGUCCUGAACACAACUUGUACGCAUCGGUGUUCUUUGGGGUCGAUUUGACCCCAGGCUGUUUGUCACCUUGUCAAACAUAUAAGAAAUAUCAACUUUUUUAUUUAUUUAAAGGGCUAUUUAGGUACUCAACAAACAAACAUAAAGUACCUGACACUUAAACUUGGGAAACAAUAUUAAUUCUAAUAAUUUUCUGUAUGUUUUAAUUGCUGGGAUCAAAUUGACCGCAAGGGUAAAAGAUGUAAGUAAAUUUGAAGGUAGUAGGAGGGUUACGUUUUUAAGGUCGUAAUAUCUUGCUUUGACUAAGCAACUAUACUAAUACUGUAAACAACACAUUAUCCUUCCCCUUUUUAUCAACAAAAAUGACCCACGAAGGGAAGAGAAAGUUGGAUCUUCAGGGUGAGUCCAGCCAAUGGCCAUCCCCAAACAGAAGACCACGACUUGACAUCAGAGAGGAUAUACUACUGUCUGACGUGAAAAACAUCAUGAAUGAUGUUCAUCAGAAAAUUCCUCAACAAGACAACAAGCUCAACAAAUUCUUGAAGAAACACAUCGAUGAUUUGAAAACGGACAAGAGGGAGGUGGUCGGUGUCUUUGGCAGAACCGGAGCUGGAAAGAGCUAUUUGAUCAAUACCGUCAUUGGAGAGAGGAAUCUCUUGCCCAGUGGAACCGUCAAUGCAUGUACCUCAGUCAUGAUUAAAGUGGAGGCUAAUGAGCAGAACUCAAAGUAUGAGGCAGACAUUGAGUUCAUAACGAAAGAGGAAUGGAAACAUGAGGUAUGGUUCUCUCAACAUUUGCUUCAGGAAAGUGCAGAUCUGGAAAGGGAUGAGGAAGAAGGGAGGGAUGAGGAUGAAGAGAGGGAUGAGGAUGAAGAGAGGGAUCGUAAAGACAUUGUGGAAAAGCUGUCAGUGCUGUAUGGAGAAGACUGGGAAAACAAAUCUCCUGAAGAGCUCAUGGAUGUCAAAUAUUUCAAAGAGAUCCCAGAAUUUCUGAAGUCCAAGAGAAAGAUGUUGACAGACGAAACAGCUGAAGGGCUAUCUGACAAACUAGUCAUGUACACAACAAGCAAAUCAGAAGAUAGAGAAGUAAAAGCAAAGAGGUGGUAUUGGCCUCUUGUGAAGUGUGUGACUAUCAGGGUGCCAAAUAAUGAUCUCCUGAAGCACGUCACACUUGUGGAUCUUCCUGGAAGUGGGGACUGUAACAAGAGCAGAGACAAGAUGUGGAAAACGAUCGUUGGAAGUUGUUCCACUGUGUGGAUCGUGACUGAGAUAAAACGAGCUGCAUCAGAGCCUGAAGCCUGGGAGAUACUGGAAAGUGCCUGUCGCUUCAUGGCAAAUGCUGGCCAGUGUCAGCAGAUUCACUUCAUCUGCUCCCAGUCUGAAGUAUCAUGUUAUAAUCCAGCCCGUCCUUCAAUUGAACCCCGUGCUUUCAUUCUGGAAAGAAACAAAGACGCCAAGGAAAAAUUGGUAACAAAAUUCAAAGAACUAAACAAGGUUACGAAAUAUUUCAGUGAUGAAAGUUUCACGGUGUUCACAGUGAGCUCCUACGAGUUUCUUCAAAAGACAGUCCUAGAACCAGUUGACACUGAAAUACCUGCACUUCGGAAAUUUCUGCAGGGUCUCAAUAACUGUCACUCAGUUACAUUAAACUAUGUGAAAGGAGCGCGCGGGAUUCUCUCUCUGAUUCAAGGGGCCAGCCGUACAGAUGGGACUGAUAUAAAGACAGAUGUCUGCACAGAGCUUGAACAAAAUAUGAAGGAUGCACUUCAUGAAGUCGAAAACUCAAUGGAAGAGACUCAUCAGGUUUUUGAAAAGUGCCUCAGUGAGGGAGUUAAGAAAUCUGAAAGUUCAUGGUACAAAAACUUGAAAUCGGUCAUAAAGACUAAAAACAAGAAAGGUAGUAGUUUCCACCGGACACUGAAGUGCAUAGUACAGCACAAUGGUGCCUACAGAGCAAAAAAGGGGAAACUAAUAAACCUCAAUAUGACGUUAUCUUCAUUCCUGACUCAGAGCAUUGAUGACAAAUUCAAGAAGACCUUCCCAAAUGAAGGAGAAUGUGGACAAUUCAACAGAGUCCUCGAUUUGUUUUCACUUAACACGGAGACAAUGAGAAAGAACACAAAGUACAAAGAUGUCAAACUGCAACUGAUGUUUCUCAGCACAGAGGAAGACAAGAUAAAGACAAAACUCAACAAAAUCAUCCGCGAUCGUAAGAAAACGAUCUACAGCAGUCUGAUGACAACAAUUGAGACGAGCAUGCAGGAAUGCUAUGACGUUGCAAAAAAAAUUAAAGGACAAGGCAGUCUGGAAAAAAUUAGGACCACUCUUACGAAUCACGUACUUAAGUCAAAGGACGUCAUGUUUCUGGAAGCUAAAGAUGUUAUGUUGAAGGAUCUGGGAGUCUUGAGGAGAUAAAUCCUUGAAGACCUGAAAAAAACAAUGCAGGAAUCAAUCGAGUCGCUCAAGACAGAUGGCGUCUCAAUCCCAGAUGUUGAGAAGGAGCUUGAGAUGGUGAAUAAACUCUACGAAGAACUGAUGCAAGGUCCAGAUGAAGAACCACUCAUUUGUACCAACUGACGAGCCCUGCGUGUGUGCUGAUUAGAGAUGUGAGGCCUGUGGAUUUGGUCUCAACCCUUUGUCAAGUCAUCUUAUUCUCUUUCAGUGUUUUCUUUACAUGUACUAUUUUUGCAGAAAGAUUGCAUAUGUUCAAUAUCCGCGAGGGUAAUUUGAGCUUUUAAUUGAUUUAUAUAUAUGUACUUUUCAUUAGUUUGGUGUGAAUUAAAUGCAGAGACGUUUUUUAUGGUCAAUAUCUGGGAGGGUAAUUUUAGCUUUUAAUUGUUUAAAGUUCAGAAGCAGACAAACUGUGUGGGGGGUAAGAGCGGAAUGUCCUUCAGCAAAGGUCCCCAGUCGGAUUCAACCCAGGUACAUUGUCGUUUACACGGUCAAGAUCUUUGUUACCAGUCCAUCAUUAUGGUUUUCAUAAUUUAAAAAAAGUCUUCUUCUUUAAGUUUUUGUCCAUUUUUUAAUCGUAGUUUAGUAUUGGUUGAUUGAGAUUGAAAUUUCAAUGAUUUUAUGGGGGUUUAAUAUACAUCCUGAAUUUUGAUCACAGUAUGUUGAAUUUCUCAAAGACAUUAUAAGCUUUUAUUAAAAGAAUGAUCUGACCUUUUCUUUUAUUGUUCAAGGAAAAAACUUGCUUACUGCUAAAUAAUGUUUUCUUAGUGUGUUAAUCCAUGUAUCCGAAUUGGAUAGAACUAGAUGAUCGUAAUACACCAGCCUAUCUGGUUUCUCAUUAUUUCCUGAAAUAUUGUUAUGUUUUAAUAUACUCUGAUUCUAAAUGCAUUUAAAGUAUCUGAUAAGGUAUACUGUCCAAUGAAUUCACUUUCAAAGUUCCAAAUGUUCUUUGGCUUAUUUUUCCUUUAUUCUGUUAAAGGAUCUAAAAGCCUCUUCAGGUUCUCACAUCAGUUUUUAUUGUAGAGAGAGAGAUAAACAAAUGAUUUUUAAAACGUUUUUUGUCGGUUUGUCCUGUUAAUGAUUGUACACAGAGACAUGAAGACGUGUACAAACUGGUUUGAUAAAGGUGUGUUGUUAUUCAUUUAGGCUUCAUGGUAAUGGGAUGUGUUGAACCUGUUUCUGCUUCAAGGUGCCACAAUUGAGACAAACAUUCAGGAAUACUAUGACGGUACAAUACAAGAUCUUGAAAUAAAAACUGACUUUGUAAAAAUGCU